AUGGUCGCCGAGCGGCUGCCCUUGCCAGGGCGAGAGCCGUUCUUGCAAACCCGCGCUCGAACUGCUCCUGCUUUGCUGACCGCAAUCGAGGCGGGACGUGGACUGCGCGAAGUUGCCCAAGUUGUGGUCACCACCAUCUUGGCACUGCUGGUCCUCCUGGGCAUAGUGGCAGCAUGGACACACAGGCAGAGGCUUGGAGGGGCCACGAAAGACCUUUGUCAAAGUCUCUUUGACAUGCAGCCUGUUGAGGCAGGCUUGCUGCUCUUUGCUGCCACGGUCAUAGCCAAUGUUUUCUGCUUGCCAUCAUUUGGAUUGUGGAUCGGAGCAGGCGUUGUUUUUGCACACAUCUUCGAUGGCAAGGUUCUGCAAGGAGCUGCUGCAGGCACUGCUGCAGUCUUCAGCGGUGUAUCCGUUGGUGGACUAAUGGCAUUUGCUAUCGGCCGCACCCUGUUCCGGUCGUGCCUGGCAAGGAGGCUGCAUCGCUUAGAAUGGGUCGAGGUGCUAGAUGAAAUCGUCGAGCAGGAAGGCUGGAAGUUCGUGCUCGUGGCAAGAAUGAGCCCCUUCUUGCCCUUGGAGGCACUUAACUACGCAUGUUCGCUGACUUCGCUCAGUGCCACGGGAUUUGCACUGGGAAGUCUGGGUUCUCUGCCCAUCACCGCCUUCUGGGUAUGGACGGCUGCUUCUGCAGAAUCACUGCGGAUGUCUUCGGAGACAGACAGCAGCGUGACUCCCCGGAAGGUUUACUCGCGCUCUGACUUGGCGGUCAUGAUUGGCCUAACAGUCAUCAUGCUAUGUGUUCUGACGGGCCUGGUUUGGUCAUCGAAAAGAAGGUACCAGGAAAUGCUUGAGCGUCGAAUACCUGCUGUGGCCCUCCGUCGAGUAGCGCGAUCUCAGGACCUUGUGAAUGUGGUCAUCUGCAGUUCUGACUUUCCACAUGGUGCCAGGACCAAAUCACAGCAUCACUGUCGCCCGCAGAACUGGCAUCACUGUCGCCCGCAGAACUAG